AUGAAACACAACUGUAUUGUAUUAAUAUUGCUGUUUAUCAUCAAUCUUUGCGUUGGCUGGGAAUCAUACGAAUUAGAUCUAUUUGAUUUAGUUGAAGAAUUGAAUACAAAUUUUUAUCAAUUCAUAGGUGUUGAACCUACGAGCGAAGUGUCUGACAUUAAACGCGCCUAUCGAAAAUUAUCACUUCAAUGGCAUCCUGAUAAGAGUAAUGAAGCAGAUGCCGAAAUUAAAUUUCGUCAUUUGGUGUCUGUUUAUGAGGUACUCAAAGAUGAUAUUAAAAGAAAACGUUAUGAUCGUAUAUUGACAGAAGGUUUACCAAAAUGGAAUACACCAGUCUAUUAUUAUCGUCGUGUUCGAAAAUUACAUGUUUGGGAAAUGUUUUUAUUGUUAUCAGUGAUAUUGACAAUCGGACAUUACUUUGUUUUAUGGGCAAUCUAUUUCGAGAAACGACUAACGAUGGAUGAACGAUUAGUGGAUAUGCGAAAACGUUUAGAAAAAAAGAUGAAAAAAACAACAAAACAAAAAGACAUUAAUCAGGAUAUGAUUGAUGAAGAAUUGUCAAAAAUGGUACCAAUACUUCCUAAACCGGUAUGGAGAGAUAUACUGCCUGUACAAUUUAUUAAAUAUUUUUUUAUCCAAAAUAAAUGCUUUUUACCAGCAAUCAUCCAGUUAUGUAAUCGUAAACAAACCAUUAAUAUUGAUGACAACGACGAACUCAAAAUUGAACCUCAACCUCGCUCACCUAAGAUAAUAAUAGAUGAUAUUGUUCCGGAAAUGGCUUCUAGUCAAAAUAAACCUGUUCACUCAUACAAUAUAGAAUCGCAGAAUGAUUUGUCAAAUUAUGUUCCAUUAUCAUCAACAGCAAACGAUAAUUUACCAUGGACAGAUGAAGAAAAGAUGUUAUUGUGUAAAAGUGUUGCACGAUAUCCGGGUGGUACACCAAAUCGAUGGGAAAAAAUUAGUGAAAUGGUGGGAAGAAAUGUAAAUCAGGUGGUAGAAAUGGCUAAACACAUAAAAACUAAUGUGACGAAUGUCUCAACUACAGGACAAAAUCGAACAUUGCCAUCAUCAACUUUAAUUGCAGAUGAAAUAAUUACCGAACGAGAAGAUGAUGAUACAUCAGACGAUACAUCACGUUCAAGGAAAACCGCUGCUAAAGUCGAUCAAGAGUGGAGCCAGACUGAUCAACGUUUACUUGAAUGUGCUCUAAAACAAAUUCCAAAAGAGAUUAACGAUCGAUGGGGUAAGAUAGCAGAGUGUGUGCCAGGAAAAACAAAAGAUGAUUGCCUAGCAAGGUAUAAAGUGAUUGUUCAGAUGGUUAAAGCUAAAAAGACGAGUUAA